CAGAUCGGGGCCAGGACCAGGACACAGUGUGCAAAGGACAAGAGGUUACUAAUUACUGCCUUACUCUGCUACUGUGGAAGUAGCUUCUUCUUGAUCACCUUCUAGCUGAGUUCCUGUCAUGCUUAAUCAACUAAUCCUCCCUGUUCUCUGGAGUCUCCUCUUUCCUCUAGGUGUUGCCAUCUAUCACAAAGACACAGGGAACCCAGCACCCCACCCUGGUCCCCACUACCUCCUGCCCCCCAUCCAUGAGGUCAUUCACUCUCGCCGCGGUGCCACGGUCACCCUACCCUGCGUUCUGGGCACCCCACCCCCCAGCUACAAGGUGCGUUGGAGCAAAGUGGAGCCUGGGGAUCUACGGGAAACACUGAUCCUGAUUACCAAUGGGCACCAUGCUCGGGGCUACGGGCCCCUGGGAGACCGUGCCAGGAUGAGGAGGGGGCACAGGCUGGAUGCCUCUUUGGUGAUCACGAGUGUGGCGCUAGAGGAUGAGGGGAGAUACCGCUGCGAGCUCAUCAAUGGACUGGAAGAUGAGAGCUUGGCAUUGACCCUCAGGCUGGAGGGUGUAGUUUUCCCGUACCAGCCCAGUCAGGGUCGAUACCAGUUUAAUUACUAUGAAGCUAAGAAGGCAUGUGCGGAGCAGGACGGGCGGCUGGCCACGUACCCUCAGCUCUACCAGGCGUGGACCGAGGGCCUGGACUGGUGUAACGCGGGUUGGCUCCUGGAGGGCUCCGUGCGUUACCCAGUGCUGACAGCUCGAGCACCCUGUGGGGGCCGGGGCCUGCCAGGGAUUCGCAGCUAUGGGCCCAGAGACAAGCAGCUUGACCGCUACGACGCCUUCUGUUUCACAUCUGCUCUGCAGGGCCACGUGUUCUUCGUGCCUGGCCGUCUGACGCUCGCGGAGGCGAGCGGAGCCUGCGCCAGGAGAGGGGCUGUGCUGGCCAAGGUUGGCCACCUCUAUGCAGCCUGGAAGUUCUCGGGCCUGGACCGCUGCGACGGGGGCUGGCUGGCGGACGGCAGUGUGCGCUUCCCCAUUACCACUCCGCGGCCUCGCUGCGGGGGCCUCCCGGAUCCCGGAGUCCGCAGCUUCGGUUUCCCCAGCCCGGAGCAGCCGGCUUAUGGGACCUACUGCUAUGCCGAGACCUAGGGGGACAUCCUCUCCAAAAUCCCAGUCCAGAUAGCAACGCUCCUUCCUAUUGUUGGAUCUAAGUCCAACUGGGAAAAGAGAUUGAGAGUCGAAUUGGGGAUGGGGUGUGUCUGCACUGCCUCUCUCCUUUCCGAGCUUUUCCUUGCUAGAGAGACUGGGGGAGAUGGGGAAGGACUUACUGAUGCUCUCUGUCUCCCGCACUGCAGAUAGCUGUGGCAAAGUCCAGACGGGGCCGGGGCGGAAGGCAUUUUAGAUGCUCCAGGGCCGCUGACCUUCCUGGUUGUGGUUUGGGGGCCUUUGGGGUGACUGGGUACACUUGCCCUGAGAGCUAAUAGUAUUUGAAUGGUGCUUCCCCCUGGAGAGAACGAGUCCGGCGUGCGAGAACCGAACGAAGUCCAGUGUCGAAAUAUUAACUGAUCUUUGUAGAUUAAUAAAGUAACCGUGGAGACGUUCGCUCUCCAAAGAAGUUAAAAGUA